CAGAGGUACAGCAGUAGCCCAGCUGCGCGUGGAGGGCACAGCAGACAGAACGGAGCAGAACGGGGAGCCUGGGUGGAACGUGCCGCGCGCAUGACAGCUUCAAAGGAACGCAGCGCCGCGCGGCAGCACACAAAUUGAGCCCGCUAAUCUGAACCCCUGCACCGCUCUUGUCAAAAGCAUCUGUGUGAAAUAACCCUCCUCAUGCAGAUCAGCUUCUAAACUAGGGCAGGCUUUAUCCCUCAUCUGUUCCGCGUCGCCGCCGACCAGAGCCUCAUAGUCAGCAGUGGAUAGUGCAGGAAUGAAGUGGACCGCAUAGCAAGAAAUCAGGCGAUAGGCUACUGCACCUUGGCUUUCUCCUUUUCACUCAAAACGUGACACAGUCUGGAACUAUCCAGACGUUAUUUUUUACUAUUUCAACAAUACUGAGGAUAACACCUAGUUUGCACUUCAACGAUUGGAGACCGCAAAGGAGCUCUUUUUACCCAGCCAAAUUUAUUUGGAUGACCGGCUUUCCAAGUGGCUUUUUUAUUGGAUUCUCUACUACUUGGACUUUAAUCUCAGAAUCUCUGAUUGUUAUCCGUCGUUGCAUGUAGAGGGUAACAGUAAAAAAAAAAACCGAAGAAAAUCCGAGAAAUCGAAGUUCAGUUCUGUAAGUACGUUACAUAUGAGUUGACUAUGUUUCGUUCCCCGCCACUCCUGCUAGAACCGUAGCCAGCCCCUGUGGUAGAGAAGUUGUUUAGCUUCUCUCUCCCUCUGUGCGCGAACACUUAGAGCUAACACCCCUUUCUAUGUAGUAGAUCGCCUGGAAAGAUACACAAAAAUAGAGCGUUCUCCUUCACCCCCGCCUGGUACCAACAGGCGGUUCUGGUCUAAGGUUCUCCAGAGAAUGGUAAAUGGCCGAUGGGGAAUCAUGAACAGCACUUUGGAACUCGAAGAUGGACCACGGCAUAAAAAACAGACAUUCUGUGAGUGUGUACCCAGCUCCUCCCAGAUCAAACACCGCUGGUCAGACUCAGACACAGUCAGAGAGACCCCCUCACCCACGAAGAGGAUGAGUUGCAGCUACCUUCUGUGCACCAUCCUCCUGUUCGUAGCCGUCCUACUCGCCGUCACGGUAACCGGCACCAUCCUCUUCAUGAACCACAACCAGGCCCCGCCCAUGUCCGACGGCCCUCCCCACAUCUCCACCAAUCAGGAUGAGGCCAAAGCCCUGGUCACCGUGGAAAGGGGCGAUGGCUCGCGCAUCAACAUAUUUAUUGACCCCAACUGUCCUGACUACAAUGGGAACUUCCUGCGCCUGGAGGGGGUGCAGACAUCACUGCUCCACUCGCUGACUGACCACGACGCUGACCUGAAGUCCGUCAAAGGUCAGGACCGGGCACUGCUGGUCAAUCUAGCUGAAGAGGUGGCCAAACUGUCGGCCCACGCUGGUCAGCUGAAAAUGGACUACGAGUCUCUGAGACGAGGCCAGGGGAGUUUGGGACAGGACCUGAAUACACUGCAGACAGAGCAAGGACGUCUCAUACAGCUGCUGUCCGACUGCCAGAUCAACAUGGUGAAGGUGGUGAACUCUGUGAGCGAUGCUCUCAACUCCAUGCAGAAGGAGACGGGGGGACUGAAGGCUCGUGUCAAGGCUGACCUACAGCGGGCACCGGUCAGAGGCGCUCGCCUCAAAGGCUGUGCCAACGGCUCUCGUCCUCGUGACUGUGGCGAUCUGUAUGCUAACGGGCAGAGGGAGGAUGGCAUCUACUCUGUGUUUCCCACUCACUACCCCUCCGGCUUCCAGGUCUACUGUGACAUGACCACGGACGGAGGGGGCUGGACGGUGAUCCAGCGAAGGGAAGAUGGCUCAGUCAACUUCUUUAGAGGUUGGGACUCCUACCGCGAGGGAUUUGGAAAAAUCACUGGAGAACACUGGCUCGGGUUGAAGCAGAUCCAUGCUCUCUCCAUCCAGGGCAAUUAUGAGUUGAGGAUUGACCUGGAGGACUUUGACAACAGUACAGCCUAUGCCCAGUAUGGGAUGUUUGGAGUUGGCCUGUUCUCUGUGGACCCUGACGAUGAUGGAUACCCACUGACUGUUGGAGAUUACUCUGGAAAUGCAGGCGAUGCUCUGCUGAAGCACAACGGAAUGAAGUUCACCACCAAAGACAAGGACAACGACCACUCGGAGAACAACUGUGCCUCCUUCUACCACGGUGCCUGGUGGUACCGCAACUGCCACACGUCUAACCUGAACGGACAGUACCUCCGCGGGCAGCACACCUCCUAUGCCGACGGCAUCGAGUGGUCCACCUGGACCGGCUGGCAGUACUCCCUCAAGUUCUCCGAGAUGAAGAUACGACCCGCGCGCGACGAGAGCAAAUGAGAAAAAUGAGGGAAUAAAAGAAGAAAAAGAGAGGAAAGGAAUUUGAAGGAAGAAGGUCCUCAAAAUAUAAAAACCCCACACUCAAAAAGACAGCUAUAGGCUGUAGUUCUUGUUCAGCUAUUGUUUGCUGACGGACUAAAAGGACAUCUUUGAUUGGUAUACUGCUAUUGUCUACGUUUCUCUGUGGAACCCUCAUCCCUUCCCCCUGCCUCGCCCCGCUUGCUGUGCCCUCUGCUAAUCCCUCUCCGCUCGUUGCGUACUACUGUUGUGCUGAGGUUUUUCGUGCCCCCCACUCCCAUCAUCCUUAUCCUUUAUCACUAUCAUUAGGAGAUGUGUUGCCAAUGUUUUUGAGUGUUUCCCUCCUGACAACGACCACACCGCGACACGAAAUGAAUCUGACUCACUCUUACUUCACAGGAGUUUGGUGGCACCUUAACUGGGGAGAACGGGCUUGUGGUAACGACUGAAGCAGAGUCAGUGGAACGGUCUCAAAGACCAUUUGUUUGAUGCCAUUUAGUUUGCGCCGUUCCAGCCACUACUAUGAGCCGUUCACCCCCUCAGCAGCCUCAACUGUCUUACUUACGUCUCUCGUUCUCGCGUUAUUUACAUCUAGUCACCGAUCAAUGGUCUGUCUUUUCUAUCUGAUCCUUGACCUUGACCUCUCUCCUGUGACAGUUGCACCCUGUAGCCAGUAGUUCUAUUCCCACAGUCCUUUACUGCGUUGUUUACAGUCAGCGAAGUGUGGUGUUACUGUGUGACCUUUGAACAAGUGGCUGAGUCAGAACAGGAGAUGUGGCUGAGUCAGAACAGGAGAUGUGACAUUACAGUUAGAGAACACACACACACAAAAAAAAAACUCUGUACCCUGAAGCUACAGUAUUACCAUGACACAGCAAAACUCAGUCUGUCACCCAAAGGGAUUUGGCUGUAUUGGCCUUCCAGUCAGGAGACAUGCUAAAAUGGCACAACCCACAGUACCUCACCACCCACUGCUUAAGCAUCCCUUUAUUAAACAUAUACUCUGUGGGAUAACAAGACAAUGGAAUGGGAAUGGUGUAGAGGGACCGGUUGAAAUAGAAGGAGACAGAGCUAGACAUAUCAAACAGAGGGGUGAGAAGGGAAUUACUAAAUGAAAAGGGGAAUAAGAUAGACAGAGUGAGAAAAAUGAG